AUGUCUUGGUGGUUCAAGUCCCGAGAUGACAACGGCCCGGUCGCCGAACAAGUUGUCAGUCAACUUGUCAGCCAAACGUCGUGGCAUUCUACCAAGUCCAACCAGUCAACCGCCACGGAUUGCUCAAGCAAUACCACAGUAUCAUAUGCAUCCGCCUUAUCUGAUGACUCUUACAAGAAGAGUUUCAUAAAGUCUGGCAAUGAUGAUUCGUUUAUGGAGAUGAUGGAACACGUUACGAUAAUUGAGAGUGGCCGAGAUUUCCUGCACGAACGCAAGAUCCAGUCACACAAUGUCAAGAAGCGCGACAUCAACGACACGGCGUUGCGUUCUGCUGACUGGACCCCCCAGAUGGUGCGAGAUUACGCCUCGUACAAGGCCAAAGUCAGUGUCCUGGGCAAGACCCGCAAGACAGCAGUAGCAUCAGGCCAGGCAAUCAAGUCGGUACUUGGCAAAAGCUUCGAAAUACAGGAGCCUGUCUAUCUGAAAGCUUUGAACGAUGACGAGCUUUGGGUCAACGCAGCCUUGGAAGCUGCAAAAGCGCGUCUGGGGUUCGUCACGAAAUACCCCGACGCCCUCCCUACCAAGUCCACCGUCAACCACAUCGCACAGGCCGCGGACAACCUUACCUCGGCGAAGAACGCGCACAGCGCUAUUCAGACUAAGAGACAAAAGCUUCGGGCUGCUGUAGAGCUUGAUGAGAGGCGUGCAAGAGCUGCUGCAGGCAGCAGCUGA